GGUUGUUGCAGGAUGCAGCAGCAGCAGAAACAGCAGCAGCAGGAAAGAUGGAUGUGAUGUAAAUGCAAAACCUACAGCAAGAAGCCCUGCAAGGAAUUUUUUUUGUGUGUGUGUGUGUGCAGAAGCCUCACCAUCUGCCCCUGUCCGAACUGCACAGACCUGGGCUUGAUGAAAAGACAGCAGCAUUUGCAAAAGGGAGGUUUGCCUAAGAGACAGCUGGAUGUAAGGCUGUGACAUCUGCCCGUUCUCUCCUUUGUGUGAUUCCCAGGAGAGGAGAAAUCACAGAUAUUCCUACUAUGGAGAAGACGAAGGAUCCCAGUGUCCGGCUGUAAAUGGAAAUCUUCCCGGGAUUGGGCAUCGAGAGAUGUAGAGAUCCAGGAUCUCGCCCUGUAAUUCCUCACCUCACCUUGUUUUCUUAUUUCCUCGCCUUCCGUCCACUGUUGCGUUUUACUCUUCUAAUUCCCUAUUAAGCGGUGGAGGGAUGUUUGUCCAUACGUGGUGCGAUGUGAACAUGCUGAUUAUUUUCCUUGGGCUUCUGUCACGAGUCGUGCCUGAUUGAGGACACAAGAUCCAGGCUUUGGGAGGAAUUACAUCCUGUUCUUUGAUUAAAAAAAAAAAAAACAACAGAUUGCACAAGGAGGGAACCGAGCAAGACGAGCGGAGAACAUAUGAUCACGGGAAGAACGGCAUCUCCAGACUGCUGAGGAACCGGCGGUGCACCUGUCCUGGAUGAUUCGAUAGGGAGUUUUUUGUGUUUUUUUGGAGGAUUUAGAGGUGGUGGUUGUGGCUGCCGCUUCUCCAAUUGGCCUUAGGGUCUCUUGUCCAUGUUCUUCUGGGUCUUAUCAACCUCCAAUUUAUUGAAGGAACAUCUGGCCUGGCAUUGAUAACCUCCUUAAGAUGUAUUCCUAGUCACCGGUAGAUGUGGCGAGGUGCUCAACACUAUCUGGUUCUGCGGGCCUGGAAAUUAGAAGAUGUUGCCGUGAACUCGAAGGAAAGCGGAACGUAACCCAAAGAAGAUGAGUGUCGGCCAUGGUGGAUGGUCUUGAAUAAGCCAUGGACCUAGAAUCCUGGGUCUGAGAAGUUCGGAGAUCUUUCUAAAGGCAAUCUACCAGCAAUAUCAUUAAUGGCAAAGAUGCACCGGAAUAGGGCCUUUUCGGAGCCCGAGUACUCAGCCGAGUAUUCAGCGGACUAUUCGGUCAGCUUGCCCUCAGACCCAGAUCAUGGCGUGGGGCGGACACAUGAAGUGACGGUCCGAAGCUCGGGAUGCUGCCUCUGCUUGCCGAGGUUUAUGCGGCUGACAUUUGCACCAGAGUCAUUGGAAAACCUCUAUCAGACCUAUUUCCGUCGGCAGCGCCAUGAGACGCUGCUGGUUUUGGUGGUCUUCGCUGCUCUUUUUGACUGCUAUGUCAUCGUGAUGUGCGCCGUGGUGUACACCCAAGACAAGUUGGCUUCGACCUUGGUGGCCGUGGUUGGGCUGUUGGCGCACCUACUUCUGUUUGUCCUAUGCAAGUUUGGGUUGCUACCGGACCGCAUUUCCCGCAAGUUUGUCCCCUACAUCCUUUGGAUAUUGAUUGCCGCACAGAUUUUCUCUUACCUUGGCCUUAACUUUGCCCAUUUCCACGAGGCCAGUGAUACGGUCGGCUGGCAGGCCUUUUUUGUCUUCUCGUUCUUCAUCACGUUGCCACUGCGUCUCACCCCCAUUGUCCUGAUUACCACCGUGUCCUGCGGAAUACACACCUUAGUGCUGGGAGUCACCAUAGCCCAACAUCAGCAGGGUUCUAUGGAUACUAAUGCCCUGUUACGCCAGGUCAUGUCCAAUAUAGCCAUCUAUCUGUGUACAAUCACUGUCGGUAUCAUGUCCUACUACAUGGCGGACCGUAAACAUCGGAAGGCCUUCCUUGAAGCACGUCAGUCCCUGGAAGUCAAACUGAAUCUGGAAGAGCAAAGUCAGCAACAGGAACGUCUCCUCCUCUCCAUUCUGCCCAAACACAUUGCAGACGAGAUGCUCAACGACAUGAAGAAAGACCAAAAACAGAAAGAGCUGCAGCAGUUUAACACCAUGUACAUGUACCGUCACGAGAACGUCAGCAUACUCUUCGCUGAUAUUGUGGGCUUCACACAGCUGUCCUCGUACUGCAGCGCCCAGGAGCUGGUAAAGCUGCUAAAUGAACUUUUUGCCCGCUUCGACAAGCUUGCAGCGAAAUACCACCAGCUGAGGAUUAAGAUUUUGGGUGACUGUUAUUACUGUAUCUGCGGCCUCCCGGACUAUAGAGACGAUCAUGCUUACUGCUCCAUCAUGAUGGGUCUGGCCAUGGUUGAUGCCAUAUCAUACGUGCGAGAGAAAACAAAAACGGACGUAGACAUGCGCGUGGGCGUUCAUACAGGGACCGUCAUUGGAGGAGUCCUGGGACAGAAACGGUGGCAAUAUGAUGUGUGGUCCACCGACGUCACCCUGGCUAACAAGAUGGAGGCUGGAGGAAUCCCUGGCCGGGUGCACAUCUCCCAGAGCACAUACGACUGCCUGAAGGGGGAGUUUGAUGUGGAGCCUGGAGAAGGGGGCACACGGUGCGACUACCUGCGAGAGAAGGGCAUCGUCACUUACCUGGUGGUCUUCCCUAAGCAGCCAGCAAAUAAGAAUGGGAUAAAUGGAGUGCUGUCGCUGACGUCAUCACACGGAAACUCGCCGCAGCUGAUCAACACCAAGGAGUGCAACGGCAGCAUCCACACCACCUGCACCACCCCGGACGAGAACGAGGAGCUGGACACCAGAGUGGUGAACCCAUCUUUCCCCAACCCCCGCAGACGCCUCCGCUUGAGAGACUUGGCCGAGAGAGUCAUUGACGCUCAGCAGAAUGAGCAGGAGCUGAACAAACUGCUGAAUGAAGCCUUGCUGGAGAGAGAGACUGUACAAGUCCUGAAAGGGAAGUACACCUACCGCCUGUCCAUGAGAUUCAUCAACCCGGAAAUGGAAACCCGCUUCUCCGUGGAGAAGGAGAAGCAAAGUGGUGCGGCUUUCAGCUGUUCCUGUGUUGUCCUCUUCUUCACGGCCAUUGUCCAGAUGCUCAUAGACCCCAUGUUGGUCGCCAACUACGUAACGUUUGUAAUUGGGGAGAUCCUUCUCUUGGUUUUGACCAUCUGCUCGCUGGCGGCCAUCUUCCCCAGGGUUUUCAAUAAAAAGUUGGUUGCAUUUUCCACCUGGAUAGACCGGACCAGAUGGGCGAGAAAUACUUGGGCAAUGUCGGCCAUUUUUAUUCUAACUAUGGCGGAUAUUGUGGAUAUGCUCAGCUGUCUGCAGUACUACUCCACAUCCUACAACAGCACCCUGCCAUCUCAAACUUGGGGCUGCGUGGAGAACCCCAAAUAUUACAGCUACAUCGCCAUCCUGGCUCUGAUCGCCACCAUCAUGUUGGUUCAGGUCAGCCACAUGGUGAAGCUCACCCUCAUGCUGAUGAUCACUAUCGCUGUCGGAGUCGUAAACAUUUAUGCCUGGAGGCCGAUAUUUGAUGAUUACGACAGGAAGCGUUUUAACGGCUACGUGGCUUAUCUGGUUCCUUCCAAAUAUUCCAUGACAGUGAUGAUCUUCAUCAUGAUGCUCAGUUUCUACUACUUUGCUCGACAUGUGGAGAAGUUGGCAAGGACCCUAUUUUUAUGGAAGAUCGAUGUACAUGACCAGAAAGAGAAAGUCUAUGACAUGAGGCGCUGGAAUGAGGCACUUGUCACAAACAUGUUGCCUGAGCACGUAGCUCGCCAUUUCCUGGGCUCCAAAAAGAGAGAUGAGGAGCUGUAUAGUCAGUCGUAUGAUGAGAUUGGGGUGAUGUUUGCUUCGAUCCCAAAUUUCUCAGACUUUUAUACAGAAGAAAGUAUCAACAAUGGAGGCAUCGAGUGUCUGAGGUUCCUCAAUGAGAUCAUCUCAGAUUUUGAUGCGUUGUUGGAUGAGCCUCAGUUUCGCUGUAUUACGAAGAUUAAAACCAUUGGAAGCACUUACAUGGCUGCAUCCGGAGUGACCCCAGACUCCAACACAAAUGGCUACAACAUUACUAUCAAGAAGGAGGAGAUCUCAGAUAAGGAACGUUGGCAGCAUCUCGCUGAUCUCGCUGACUUUGCUCUGGCAAUGAAGGUGACGCUAAUGAACAUCAACUACCAGUCGUUUAAUAACUUCAUGCUGCGAAUAGGACUCAAUAAGGGAGGAGUUCUGGCUGGUGUAAUAGGAGCUCGCAAACCACACUACGACAUCUGGGGGAAUACGGUAAACGUUGCCAGCAGAAUGGAGUCUACCGGUGUUAUGGGCAACAUACAGGUUGUAGAAGACACCCAUGACAUCCUGAAGGACUAUGGUUUUCGUUUUGUCAGGAGAGGACCUAUCUACGUCAAAGGAAAAGGCGAACUUCUCACUUUUUUCUUGAAAGGACGGGACAAGCAAGGCUCCUUUAUUAACGGCUCUUCGGUCACUCUGCCCCACCAAGUGGUGGAAAACUCUUGAUCUGUAGAUCACCCCUCAAGCAUAAACAUGAUGUCAAUGCAGACUGAUGUCUCAGAAAAGGAAGUACUACGUCCUUCACACGCCAGAGGAAUAAAUCAAUUUAAAAAAAGGACAAUAUAGACUACAUAUAACCUAUAACUACAAGUUUCUUUAUUUCUGGAGUUGCCUUUUUAAGACUUUUCCGCUCAACAUCCCUUUGACUGCACGGGCUCACGAGAGACCAUAUCUUGAAGUCCAGCAGACCCAAAAGUGGAGGUUGGCGGCCGGUGGGCCUACGUUGAAUUUUUUUUAGAUAUCCUAGAGAAUGCAAAUUGGAUGCUUUACGACACGAUAUUUGAGUUUUAGUUAAAUGACUUCAACCGGGCUUUAGCCCCACGAAAAGUACAAGAUGAGCACACAUGGUCAACGUUUUAUUGGAGAAACACGAUAUAUCUUUCAGGGCAAUGGGACAGUCUCAAUUCCAAAGCGGGAUGGUCAAUUUACUGCUAGUUUACUGUGAUGAUAACAAUAACCUGCCCGUGUAGUUAGUGGCAAUGCAACGACGAGAGUGCAAUAUAUUUCAUUAUAUUUGGAGUAAAAAAAAAAAAAACUAAAACAAAAAU